AUGUCAAAGCAACAUUUAAUUAAUGAUUGUGUUGAACUUGUAACUGUUAAUGGUAGGUCUUUUAAUCUGCUAGCUGAUUCUGGUUUUAAAAAAAUAUUGGAUCCUAUUAAGUUGGCGUUAACAAAUAAAACAAAAGAUAAAGAAUUUUCUUUAUCACCAGAAUCAAUUCAAAAAUAUAUUUCAUUAGAAGCUAAUGAACUGAAACAAAAAAUUAUGGAAGAAAUCAAAACUUGUAUGGUUUCAAUAAAAGUUGAUGGUGUUACGAGAUUGGACCGUGCAUUCCUGGGUAUAAAUAUUCAGUAUGUAAAAAAUGGUCAGAUUGUUUUAAGAACCUUAGCCUUAAAAGAAAUAAGAAGCCAGCAUACAGAUAAUGGUUCCAAUUUAUUAAAAGCUAUAAAAGUUAUAGCUUCAGAAAAUGGUGAUUAUGAAGUUAUUGAAAUUAAUGAUAUAGAGUUUAAAUCAGACGAAGAUUGGGGUGAAAAUUUAGGAAACAUUGAAGUAAUUGUUGAAGAUGACCCAGCUGAAUUGAAUUUUAGCAGUGGCCGUGAUAACCUUUUUCAAUCAUAUCAUGAUUUAAAUAAUGAAGAUGACUCUACAUCAAGGAAAUAUAAUUUAAAUAUAACAGGUAUGAGGUGUGCUGCACAUACCUUACAGUUAGCUGUUGAAGAUGCAUUGACUGGGGACAAAAAGUUGGAAAAGUGAUUCUGCAAGCGCGUCAAGUUAUGAAAAUAUUAAGAACACAAACAUUUUUAUACAUGUUGCGAAAGCAAAAAUUGAAAAACCCAUAAUUGACUGUCAAACUCGUUGGGGGUCAACAUUCGAUAUGUUGAAAAGAUUAAUGGAACUAAAAGAUUUCUGCGUGGAGAUGGAAAUAACAAAUGUGAAUAAAUUUUAAAAUAUAUCCAAGUCGAAUUGGGACA